AUGAAGUUCGGUAAUACAGGUAGAGAUAUUACAGACAAAAAGAAGUUUAUGACCAAACCUAAGAAGAGCGACUUCUUAGAAAGGUUCAAGGGAAGAACUUCCCAGAUUAGUACUGAUGGACAUCUGGGAAUUGUGAAGAAUACCCAUACUCCUAUCAAGCCUGUUCAUUCUGGAGGGAUGGACAUGUAUAACAAUCAUAAUCAAAAUCAAAUGAAUGGCGGUAACAUGAUGCCCAUGGGCAAUCAUGGAGGUUACAGUAGCUCGAUUGGACCUCAUCCAACUAUGAAGAAGUCUAACUCCUUAUCAGGGGAAGCAUUUCAGACGAGGAAUAGUCGAUAUUCAUCUUUUGCACAAAAUCAUCAGAAAGUAGACAAUAGUUAUAAAGAGAGCCAGCAAAAGCAGCCUCACAAGAGGUCUCUUGCAAAUAUAGGAGGUCAUAUAAUGGGUGGAAGCAUGAAGUCUCUUCAUGAGUAUCCCAAGAUGCAUUCUAGCAAGACAAAUAUCCCAAAUAAUGCUAUGAGGGAGUCGACUCUAAGCUACCAGAAAGAUAUCAAUAUACCAAAUUCCAGUAAAGAGAAUCCAAGCAAUCAUAAUUUUUUGCUUCGACAAAACAUUCAAUAUAUGGGAAAAGGGAAAAAUAAUCACCAGAAGACUAAUUUUUACUCUUCUAAACAAGGAAGUAUGGACCAUUACGGCCAGAAAGGAAGUAGUAGUGGGCCUCCUAUGCGUAGAGCUCCGUACCCUUCCAGUAGCUUCAGUGGAGGAAAUAGUGAUGGAUUCACUCAUACAUCUGUCUCGACUCCUCAUGAGUACCAAAAUGCGAAUUUUAACAGGUCUAAAGGACAGAAAAUUCCUCAGAAAAUGGGUAAUAUGAACGCUCAGCUAUCAACGUUAAGGAGAUCAAUCCAAAAUGACAGGCAAGGAUAUCCAUCUUUAAGUCACACACAUAAGCCAGAAGAUCUGAAAUUUGCUGCUCAGAAUGCUUUCAGAGGAUCGAAGCCCUCGAAUAAUUUAUCAAGUACAAUGCGCCCACAGAAAAAUCCAAAAAUAAAGAAGUGUUACCGCAAAGGCUAGUCUUUCAAACAAGGUACUGAACAAACUUUAUCUUAACAUUGUUUUUGAAAACUUUCAUAAAUUCUUUGCCCACGUAAAGGAAACUUU